AUGUCACUGACAACCUUCUUGAGGGAUGAGCAAGGCCGACCCUUCAUCGUUGUCCGAGAUCAGGGGAAAAAGAAGCGUCAGUUCGGAAACGAGGCCGUCAAGUCCCACAUUCUCGCGGCCAGAACCGUAGCAAAUCUUGUCAAGUCCUCCCUCGGCCCUCGAGGCCUGGACAAGAUCCUCAUCUCCCCGGACGGAGACAUCACAGUCACCAACGAUGGGGCCACCAUCCUGCAGCAGAUGGAAAUAGGCAACCACAUCGCCAAGCUUCUAGUAGAGCUUUCCAAAUCCCAGGAUGACGAAAUUGGCGACGGUACCACCGGUGUUGUUGUCCUGGCUGGUGCUUUGCUAGAGCAAGCUGCCGACCUUAUUGAUAAGGGCAUCCACCCUAUCCGUAUUGCCGACGGGUACGACCAAGCGUGUGACAUCGCCGUCGCCGAGCUGGACCGAAUCUCAGACACAAUCGACUUCACAAGGACGAGUACUGCCAACCUGGUCAAGGUUGCGCGAACAAGCUUGGGCAGCAAGAUCGUCUCCAAAGCACACGACCAGUUUGCCAACAUUGCAGUGGACGCCGUCCUGUCUGUAGCGGAUCUGGAACGAAAGGACGUCGAUUUCGAACUGAUCAAGGUCGACGGCAAGGUUGGAGGCUCGCUCGAAGAUACGCUACUCGUCAAGGGCGUCAUUGUCGACAAGGACUUUUCUCAUCCGCAGAUGCCUUCUGAAGUGCGAGACGCCAAGAUUGCCAUCCUGACCUGCGCCUUUGAGCCUCCUAAGCCCAAGACCAAGCACAAGCUCGAGAUCACCAGUGUUGAAGAGUUCAAGAAACUACAAAGCUACGAGAGGGAGAAGUUUAUCGAGAUGAUCCAGCAGGUCAAGGACACUGGCGCCAACUUGGCCAUCUGUCAGUGGGGGUUCGACGACGAGGCCAACCACUUGCUACUCCAGAACGGUCUUCCAGCCGUGCGCUGGGUUGGCGGUCCCGAGAUCGAGCUGAUUGCCAUUGCUACCAAUGGCAGAAUAGUACCGCGGUUCGAAGAUCUCAAGCCUGAGAAGCUGGGUUCGGCGGGUAUCGUCAGAGAGAUGACUUUUGGCACAACAAGAGAGAAGAUGCUGGUCAUUGAGGAGUGUGCCAACACCCGCGCCGUGACCAUUUUCUGUCGUGGCAGUAACAAGAUGAUUAUCGACGAAGCUAAGCGAUCACUUCACGACGCCUUAUGUGUGGUACGAAACUUGGUGCGCGACAACCGUGUCGUCUACGGCGGCGGCGCUGCCGAGAUUGCCUGUUCUCUAGCUGUCGAGGAUGCAGCCGUCCGGACGCCAGGUUUGGAGCAGUACGCCAUGCGCGCGUUCUCUGAAGCUUUGGAUACUGUCCCCAUGACACUAGCUGAGAAUAGUGGUCUCAACCCCAUUUCUACUCUAGCUGAAGUGAAGAGUCAACAGGUCAAGGCUGGGCCCGACAGCCGAGGUAAGCUUGGUGUUGACUGCAUGGGACGUGGAAACAACAAUAUGAAGGACGCUUUUGUCAUCGACCCCUUGAUUGGGAAGAAGCAGCAGCUUCAGCUGGCCACGCAGCUAUGUCGCAUGGUUUUGAAGGUGAACAAUGUCAUUGUUUCUGGCUCGGGCGACGACGAGUUUUAG